GUCUAGUGUGUUGAAUGUUUGAAAGUCGGCGCGCAAACAUAGUGUCAGACGAUUUGUUUUGUUGUGUUAAGGACUGUUGAGUAGCCGAAUGAAACAAAUACGAAUUUUAUGAAUUUACUAGGCACAUCUACUACAAUUUUUUUUAAAAUAUAGAACAUUAUAUACCCAAAGAGGACGUUCUUGCUGUUUCUGUCGUAUUCGAAGAUCGACGUUAAUUUGCAAUUAGGAUUUGUAAUUCAGAAAAUUCAUUCAAAAUCAGUAUGGAAACCGUUCUGCCUCACGUUCCAAUGACAGUGGAAGUGUUGUCGCUUGUUAAUGAUCUAGAUAAUUGGUCUAACGUCAAUGUCAGAGUUAUUGGACGUUUUGUGAGGACUGUAAAUGGACUGUACUGUUUAGAAAGUGUGUUAGAGCCGGAUGGGCCGUACAGAAUAAACCUGAAUGUAGAACUUUUGCCAAAAUAUCCACUGAUAAACGAUGUAAUUCAAGUUUUUGGUGAAUUACGGUCGACGACGCAUGUAUUCCUGGUUGCGAAGUUCUUCAGUCUGUUGCAUGUACACCACCACCAUCACAAGAUCCCGAAGAGUAUGCAGACCUCCAUUUCUAUCGCCAUAUUUGUGCUGUCAGCAACUUGUUGCUGUUACCAAGUCAAUGCUGUAAUUGACAACCUAAAGCUGUCUUCAAGACAUUGUAUUGCACCGGAAAUCAGACGCAAGCAAGAUCCCAGAAGUCACCCUCCUGAUUUUUUAAGGGGAUGCUUUCCGAACAACCUGUGGUAGAAUGCCAGGUCAAAGUAGUGUAAAGGUUUGACCCCUCACACCAAUAAAAGCCAACUCAAAAGUAAUUCCUGGCUUUCUCCAAGAAAACUUUUGUAUGAACACCUAAGGUGUUAACUGCAGUUUUUUUAUCA